AUGCCUGGACGUGAGGUGCCCCCACGCACAGGCAGUGCGAAGGGGCGGUGUAAGCCCGCGGGUUCCCCUUAUGGCGCAGCCUCGGCAUCCACCCGACAGAAGAUGGUCAUUGCGAGGGCAGCACAGCCGAAGAAAGAAGAGCGAAGGCCACUGCAGCAGUCCGUUGCCAUCACCCCUGCCUGUGAAAUGUGUCUUAGUUUACUGCACUACUCCCAGAAGGUUCGCAACGCAUUGGAGGCUGUGCUAGAGAACGCCAGAGUGGUGUUUCUCGACGACACAUUGCAUCACCAAAUGAACGAUGAACGGUGGGUACGGGUGCUGCGGGCAAUUGGCGCAGAAAAAUCGACGUACUAUACGAGGGCGGUGGUUCUGAACAGAGCUCCCUUUAAGUCGGGCCAUGAGUGA